AUGAUUUCUUCGCUGAAUAUUUUCCAACAAAGUGAUGAUGAGGAACACUCUCCUGGACUUAGUCAAAAGAUCAAAAUCCCCAAGAAGCGAUAUUCCUAUGCCGACCCACUGGAACGAAUGGACACGCCGAUGUUCGAUAAGAAUAGAGUGAACCAUGCGAAGAAAGGUCCAUCAUCGGCUGCCACCGUUCUGACGAUGGCCGGUGUGUUCGUCGUUGGGAUUCUACUUAUGAUGAGUGGAACGAUUGUUUUGAUAGCGGUAAGUUUUGACCUUUUUAGAUUUCCACUAAAUUCGUACAAAUAUUAUUUGGCGCAAAGCCGCACCGCACCAAAUAUUCAUUUUUCUUGA